GCCAGGCCUCUAGGAGUUCUAUGUAGUGGCGAUAACAGGUUAGCGGCAGGAAAAGCCGACCCAUUGAAGGUCUUCUUGUUAUAAAGAAACACUUUUAUGUGCAGGGAUACAGAUCCGCUGAUUAAGUAGCGUUAUUUAGCUGGGUUUGAAUACCAGAGAUCUGAAAACAUGAUUCGCUUUAUUCUGAUCCAAAACCGAGCAGGAAAAACCAGACUGGCCAAAUGGUACAUGCAGUUUGAUGAUGAUGAGAAGCAGAAGCUGAUCGAGGAGGUCCAUGCUGUAGUGACUGUCCGAGAUGCCAAACACACGAACUUUGUCGAGUUCAGGAACUUCAAGAUUAUCUACAGACGCUAUGCUGGUCUGUACUUCUGUAUCUGUGUGGACGUUACUGACAAUAACCUGGCCUACCUGGAGGGCAUUCAUAACUUUGUGGAGGUCUUAAACGAAUAUUUCCACAAUGUGUGCGAGUUAGACUUGGUCUUCAAUUUCUACAAGGUGUACACGGUAGUAGACGAAAUGUUCCUGGCUGGAGAGAUUCGAGAAACGAGCCAGACAAAGGUCCUGAAGCAGCUGCUCAUGCUGCAGUCACUAGAGUAGAGACGUCACUGAAUCGCAGCCAUACACCACCACCAUAGCAGCAGAAGCAGCAGGAUCCUCUAGAACCUGCUGAAAGCCAGUCUAUAUUAUUUCUGUGUAUAGAUGUUGUCAAUUUUUUAUAUAUAUAUAUAUAUAUAUAUAUAUAUAUAUAUAUAUAUAUAUAUAUAUAUAUAUAUAUAUAUAUAUAAAAAACCCAACAUUUCAACCUCUUAAGGCUGUGCUAUGUAAGACUUUGAGAGUGAGUGUUUAACAGCUUUAUAAUGCUGAGAGAGAUGACUGAAUGCAGUUGAAAAAUGAAUAGUCAGUUAUGAAAGCUUGUACCUGAUUUCUUUAAUUGCCCUUUCAUACAUUCAGGUGUUUGAACAGUAGCCUUGUUUCAUUUAAGACCCAAUUCAGUAAUCCACUGACUAGGAGUAUAAAUGUUGUAAAAGCCUCAUAACACCUUACCUAGUAAAAAAAACCUGCAGUUUUUAAGUCAAAACUGCACUGCCUAUUUUGUUCUUUUGCUGUUUUUUGGUGCAUUCAGUUUAUAAUUCAAUGAAUUUCAAGAAUGGACAUGCAAUUUCUGAGGCCUCUGUAGUCGGGAUUGUCUCUAAAAAUGACUCCAUGCCCAUUAACCCAUUAACACUAUACUGCUGAAUAACCAGCCUGAUACAUAAAACCAAUGAUGGAACUGGAAUUUCUGAGAAAAUGUGAGAGACCUCUAUACACUAGUAUGUGUUAAAAGGGAAAAAAAGAAACGUUCAGAUUAACCCCAACAGUUCGGGGAAUUGUUUUUUUUGUAUACACCCUCUAUAUAUAUAUCUCCAUGUAUUUUAGCUUAGUCAUGCAGUCUGAAACUAAGAGCUUCAUUCCAGAAAGCGAACAGCUCUCUGACUUUGCUUAGUUACCAGUACCAACAUGCACACAGUCAAACCCAAACUGUUCAGCGUUAGCCUACUGGCUAUAUGAGCAUCUAAGACACCUUGAAGAAGUUGAGCUAUUAGCCGUAAUUGUGGCAUGUUGGCUGAGUGAACAAAGGCAGACAGUGAUGGGGAGCUUGUAGAGCCAGCAAGGCUGAACAGAUCUUACAGCACUCGCAGGAAAAAUACACAACAAAAGACCGCAUCUACUUUUUAUCUCCAAAUUCUGUGGCUCUGCUCCCAACUAGUGCUUCCAUAGCAACAGCUCUGGCCAGCCUUGAGCCACAUUGGACUGGUUUUCUGGAUUCUGGUUAAGCUUAGACCUGGACAUUUACAUGCAAGAAAUGAUCAUUCCUUAGCUCUGGUUUAGGCUUAAUCAGAAUCUGUGUUUCUGCACCAUUAAAUGUUUAAAGUUUUUAAUCUGUCUUCAUUGUUGUCAAUUUCAUUGUUUUUGUUUUCAUCUGGAAAUAUAUAAUGCACUUGUCUUUGUGAGAUUGAGGAGUGAAGGUAAUGUGUUUUUAUUCCCUUUUGUUCAGAUCAAUAUGUACUCAUAAAAAGGAACAAGAAAUAAAAGUAAGAAAAUUA